AUGGACGACUACUUCAGCAUGGGCGAGGGCCGCUCAGACGAGCUGCACGGCCUCGGCGACGGCCUCCUCACGCCCGCCGAACACAUCGGCUACCUGUCGCCGCUCGACUCGCCCACCUCGCCCGACGUGGCGCAGCAGAUCCGCGAGGCCGCCUCGAUCCCGCUCGCCAACGACGCCGAGCGCGCCGUCCUCGCCACCCUCGCCGCCGAGCGCGACAGCCGCGACGCCGACGCAGCGCCCGAGGGCAGCACGAGCACCGGCACCGGCGGCGGCGGCAAGGGCGCGACGUUGACGCCGUCGCAGCUCAGCACGGUCCUGUCGCAGGCGCCCGACCCGCCCCCGCCGGCCGAGGCGCGCUUCCUCCACGGUGGCCCGCCGCUGAGCGACCUCGAGGCGCCGAGCGCCGUCCUGCCCAACUCGGAGCGGCGGCACAAGCCCAUCGCAAAUUCCGAGUGGCGCGCCUUCACCGACGAGGAGGAGGACCGGCUCCAGAAGGGGUGGGACCGCCUGCAGGGGGACCAGCAGGCCAUGCGGCGGUUCAGAGAAGAGCACGCCAACCGCGAGAAGGCCGAGCGCGAGCGCGACGCGAGCGCCAAGAAGGACAAGGGCGUCACCAAGGGCCAGGGCUCGCUCAAGCGCGCAUCCGAGGACGACGCCGACCCAGAGGACAGCCCGUACCUCGUGCCCGUCGGCCUCGACAACUUGUUCACCGUGUCGCUCUACUCGCGCAUCCUGUACCCGGCCUUCUGGCACGGCACGGCCGUCCGCGUUCACCUGUCGCACUGGUUCUACGCGCCGCCGUCCAUCGCCGCCCACGCGGGCUCGCUCCCGUCGCACAAGAUCAAGCCGUACCCGGUCGACCCGUCGCUGUCGGCCUCGCUCGACCGCGCGUUCGCCCAGAUCCGGCCGUGGGACGCCGCCUACGAGGCCGAGCUCGCGAGCGCGCUCAAGGGCGGCAAGGAGGCGCAGCAGCGUCUCGCGGUCGCGCUCGGCAUCGCCAACGAGUCGGGCUCGGACGACUCGAGCGGCGGGAUCGAGGUCAUCUUUGAGGGUGCGGCGAGGGGCAGGGUCUACUCGAGGGGCAUGAUGGGCAGCAUGAGCAAGAGCUUCUUGAGCAGUGGCAAGUCGCUCGGAGGUGGCCAGGUCGUUCUACGAGGCUGGGACGCCAUGAAGGACUACCUCAGGGAGAAGAGCGCCGCCAAGAAGACGGCCGCCAAGCCUGCUCCGCCGCCACCUGUCGACGCCGCACAAGCCUCCUCGUCGUCGGCGACGACCGACUCAACCGCGCCUGCGACACCUCGCAAAGGUCGCGAGCGCGCCGGGUCCAACUCGUCGUCGAUCGCCGACUCGACGAGCACGCCCAAGCGCGACGAGUCGCCCGCCCGAGGCCUGUUCGCGAGCCUGCGCAGCCGCAUCAUCGGCGCGCCGGCACCGACUGACGGCGCCGAGGCGACGACGACGGCGACGGCGACUUCCGCGCCGACGUCGGCCCGUACCAGCAUCGACGGCGAGUCGACGGCGGGCGCCAAGGCGCCGAACGAGACGCAGGAGGCGCUUCGGCUCAGCGAGGAGCAGAUCGGCGUACCCGACGAGCUCGUGCUCGUCAUUCAUGGCAUCGGGCAGCACCUCGCCAAGGAGUACGACAGCUUCUCGUUCGUGCACGCCGUCAACGCGUUCCGAUCCUCCUGUACGAGCCUGUCGCAGUCCGACACGCUGUCACCCAUCCUGGGCGGCAAGCGCGCCCAGUUCUGCCCCGUCCUGUGGCGAGGCGACAUCAACUUUGACGAGGUCGACGACUCGCAAGACUCGGUCGACGAGCACCUCGCCAACAACUUUACGCUCUCGGACAUCGAGGUCAAGGGCUCGGUGCCGUUCCUGCGCCAGGUCGUGUCGGGCUUGGUCCUCGACGUCCCCAUGUACCUGUCGCCCCGACACAAGGACCAAAUGAUCAAGUCGGUCGUCAAGGAGGCCAACCGCAUCUACCGCCUGUUCGUCCGCCGCAACCCCGAGUUUGAGGAGCGCGGCGGCAAAGUCAGCAUCAUCGCCCACUCGCUCGGCUCGUGCCUUGCCGCCGACAUCCUGUCGUCGCAGCCGACGCGCGUCGCCGACCCGACGGCGUCGUACGCGCCUCGCACGCCGGGCCCUCGCUCGUCGGCGCCGCCAGGCCUCCUCCAGGGCCAGGGCGAGGAGUACACGUUCGCGUUCGACACGAGCACCCUCAUCCUCGUCGGAAGCCCUCUCGGCUUCUUCCUCCAGCUCGGAAAGGGCCAGCUCAUCGCGCGAGCGGGUCGAGCGCGCACCAAGGGCGUCGGGCGCGACAUUGCGCUCGACCGCAGCGGUCGCUACGGCUGCUUGUCGUGCGACACGGUCUACAACGUCUACCACGAGGCCGACCCUGUCGCCUUCUGCCUCAACGCCGCCGUCGACGCUCGGUACGCCAAGCUCAUCAAGCCGGUCCCGAUCCCGUCCUCGACCCAGUCGCUCCUCACCAACGUCUCGAACGCGUACCACCGCCUCGGCAAGAUGUUUGACGUCUCGAGCCUGUGGGGCGGCACGGCGGCGGCGUCGGCGGCAAAGACGGCCGAGCCCGACGAGAAGGACGCUAAGGCCCAGGCCGACAAGACGAGCGAGGCGCAGGCGCACAACGCGGCGCAGGGCAAGGCCGCCGCAGACGCUCCAGGCGAGGCAGAUGCGGCGGCGGCGGCGGCGGCAUCGGCCAAGCCGAGGCCCAAGGGCCGGCCGCAGGGCAUGAAGCGCAUGCCGUCCGAGCGGCCUCGGUUCGGCAUGGGCCGCGACGAGUUCGAGUGGGUGGGUCGGGCCGAGAAGCGCAUGCGUGCGCUCAACCCGGGCAGCAGCGUCGACUAUUACCUCCCGGCCGAGGGCUUGAACGCGUACAUCGACGCCAUUACGGCGCACGGCUCGUACUGGCAAGAUGCGCGUUUCAGCACUUUCGUCCUCACGCAGCUCUUCUCGGACCCGCAGCGGCUCGAGGAGAACGGGCGCGAGCAGGUCGGGAUCGAGGAGGAGGACGAGCCGCACGAGACUUGAGCUUGUGAGGAGCUGUACGACUGGGUCUGAAUGUCUGUUCGCGUUGUUGUACUACAAACCUCGUCUGGCCUU